GGGCAUUUGUUCAGUAUGACAUCAUAUUAUUUGCAUUUAUCUAUCGCGAGGAAAAGAUGCCACAACUCAAGCACUCAAAAGCAAGACCCUUCCGUAUCCAAAAAAGGAAAAUUAAAAAAUAAAUUCAGAAAAGUAAAAAUAAAACCCUCUUAUUAUCGGAUCUCCGCAACUCUGUUCCUCUGUGUGUUUAGGGUUUUGCUUCUUCUACGUUCUCCAUUCCGAUCUACAAUGGGGGAUGCGGAAAACCUUCCUCCUUCAAAGAAGAGGGCUGCGGGAAGGGAACUCUGUCGAGAUAACCCUGGCCUUGAUGAUGAGGAAGAUGCUGAACCAGAAGGCAGAACUUUCAAGAGGGCCAGUGAUGAGGUGCUUGCAAAUAGAAGAAUAGUCAAAGUUCGUCGUAGUACAACAUCUACUCCCUCAUCCAAUCCUUUUGCUGCUAUCAAAUUGAUCCCCCCAGCUGAUCCUAGUGUGACAGUUACUGCUGAUACAACUGGAGUGCCAACUUCUAGUGAGAAGAAGGUUUCAGAUGGUGAAGAAAGUGGUGCUGAUAAUGAAACUGAGAAGGGGAAUGGAGAGAGCAGUAAGCCUUCUGAGAGCAAGGUUGACAAGCCAGUGGCAUCUGCUGCUAAUGAAGCAAAAGAUGAGAGUAAUAAGCAGUCCGAGAGCAAGAUUGAUGAGCCAUUGGCUGAAGAAUCUGUUGCUAAUGAAGCUGAAAAGGGUAAAGAUGAGAGUACUGAGCAGUCAGCUAGCAAGAUUGAUGAGCAAUCUCCUGAGGCUGCUGCAGACAAGGAGAGUACUGAUGCUAAGCAGGAAGGGGCUACUGUCAGUGAGGCAUACAAAUCCAAAGUUGAUAAUGAAAAAGCAGCUAGUGCAGAGAAGACUGAGACUGAAGAUAAGAAAGAUAGCAGUCAUGUAAACAAAGAUUCAGGUUCACUCAGUUCAUUCGGGCAGCUUUCAAGUAGUCAAAAUGCCUUCAUGGGAUUUGCUGGAACUGGGUUUUCCACUUCAACAUUCUCCUUUGGGUCAAUUUCGAAGGAUGGAUCUGCAUUAAGUUCUGGCUCUAGUGCUGUUUUUGGACAACUUAACAAUGGAAAUUCUUCUCUCUUUAACACAUCUGGGGCUUCUAUUGUUUCAAAGAGUGAGGGAUCUGGCUUCCCAUCUAUGCAGGAAGUUGUUGUUGAGACUGGUGAAGAGAAUGAGACUGUGGUUUUCUCUGCUGAUUCAGUGCUUUUUGAGUUUUUGGAUGGAGCAUGGAAGGAGCGUGGGAAGGGAGAAAUUAAGGUGAAUGUUUCCUCAACUGUGGCAGGAAGAGCUAGGCUUCUCAUGAGAACCAGGGGAAAUUUCAGGUUGAUCUUGAAUGCAAGCCUCUAUCCUGAUAUGAAGCUCACAAAUAUGGAUAAAAAGGGCAUCAUUUUUGCCUGCAUUAAUAAUGCUGGUGAAGGGAAGGAUAGUCUUUCUACAUUUGCCUUGAAGUUCAAGGAUGUUUCCAUUGUGGAAGAGUUUCGGGCAGCUGUUACGACACAUAAAGGAAAAACACAAACAGUGGAUUUGAAAACGCCAGAAAAUUCUCCCAAAGCAUCAGAUGAUUGAAAGCCGUCCUACUUUGGUACAGAAUUUGCUUGGGAUGGUCCCACUGCUCUUGGCAACUGUCCUCUUUCUUCUGUGGAGAAAAGGAAUCAUGUUAGAGUUUGGUUAUUCCUAAAACUAUGUAGCAAAGAGUUAACAGAGCCCAAUCCUUUUUGUGUUUUUUAAUAAAUCUAGUCUGCGGGAGAGUAUUUUUCAACUUUUAUUUUUGGUACGCCUUUGGUUUAAACUGCAUGAUCGAAACCUGUAAGCACAUGGAAUGGUUGACAGUUGUAGUUGUUCCCUUGAACCGAAUUACACAUUGAAUACCCCGUUACAUGUUUAGUAUUUCACAAGGGUUAUCUAAUAAUUUAAUUGAUCUCUCUUGGUUCCUCAACAACAAUAUAUUAUUAUAAUUUUUGUUUCUAAUAGAUUUGUCAUCAGUUGAGAUGUUCACAGGUGGCUUGUUUUGCA